GCUAUAUAAAGCCUCGCGUAUUAGAUGAGGUAAACUAAAAAAAAAUCGAAAAUGUCCAAGUUCACUUUGAUCCUCGUCUUCGCCACUCUCGUUUGUUUAGGUGCUACUUUGAAAUGUUUCAAAUGCACAUCUGAGAAAUCUUGUGACAAUCCUUCAUCGGAUGAAUGUAAGGAAGACGAAAAGUACUGCGUAUCUAUAGCAGUACCGAGAAUACCAGCGUACUACAAAGGUUGCGCGUCUAAUAAAAAAAUCUGCGACACUAAGGAUUCAAAUGGGCAAAAGGCUUAUCCAGAAUGUAAAGUCUGCGAUUCGGAUGAGUGCAACAACAUGAAACUUACAUAGGAUCUUAUUUAAUUUCACGUUUCUCUGCCUUAUUAGAUUCAGUCAACAUAUAAUAAGUAUUUGUGUUGAUUAUGGAGUUAUAAUUAUCAAUAAAGACGUAAAUAUUU